ACUGGUCGAAAAUGAAGAUGCGAAACGAGGCACACAGACGUUGCCUUCAGUUGGACGAUGAUAAUUCAGUUCGUUUCGAUUAGCCGUUGCCGAUGGUUGGGUGUUUAAAGCCGUCGUUACUGAGCGUUUCCUAAAAAAUCAUAGUUUAAAUACAUAUCUCACAAAAUAUCAUACAUAUAGAUGUGCAUGAAGAAGAGCAAGAAGAAGCUUACAUGUAAAACAUACAAAAGAGAAUAACAAGAAUAAACAACAACAAAAACAACAACAUUAAGAACAAAAAAGCAAUCAAGCAUAUCAUCAUAAGCGUCAUCAUCAUUCACUUUUCAAAAAAACAGAAAAAAAAACAUAUCGGAGAAAACGCGUAUAACGUGCAAAAAUACCAGUUAACAGGAAAACAAAAAAGAGAAUAAAUUAAAGUGCAAAACGAAAUAGCAAACCAAAAAAAAAAGAAGGAAAACGGAUACGCUUGAAAAAUUCUAAAACGGAUUUGGCAUAAAUUAAACGAAAAAUUGCGUAAACCCGGAACAAGAAGAAGAGAAGCAUGAAAAACGGUUGUGCGGUGUUGAAGUACGACGGUGUGCAUGUGUCCGAUGCCCUGCAUUGGUGUGUGUCAGUGUACGGGUCCAUGUGAGAUUGUGAGAUGCAUCUACCCAAUUAGAAGGGCAGGAGAAGAAGUUUUGUUGCCAAUAUUUAAUUACCGUUACUAGGCCAAUUAAAUUCUGAAAAUAUCAUUGCAACAGUAACAGCAAAGAAUGAUGUGAAAAGCAAAGAAGUGAAAAAUAAACAACUACAACAAAAAUAUGAUUAAUGGAGAAAAUUUAAUUUCAAAACAAAUCCUCAGAGGAAAAGUGACGGAAAUGCAAAACAAACCCACAACAAAAAGUUGUUAGCGCAACCUAACCUAAAAAAGGAUAUCACAAAAAUAUGCUCAAAGUUGUAAAGUAAUUAAGAAAAUAUUCACAAAUUAAGUGUAGUUUAACCCAUGACAAAAUGUGUACCGCAAAAACAAAAACCGUAAAGUCACAAUAACGCCAACAACAACAACAAUAAAUUAUAUAACUUCUUCGAAAUGUUGUCCCACGAAGAAGAAGAUGUGCUUUAGAAUCCAUUAAAAAGGAAACAAUUCCAAAUAAACAAAAACGACUCUUGUUGUGUAACAAAAAUUAAGGAAACGGAAACACGGGUUGCUUCUCAGCCCCCGCAAAGCAAGGAUAACAGGAUACCAGUGCUUGCUAACGAACCCUUUUCGUUCGUUGGUUCGUUUGAUGUCAAUAGUCAUUAAGGCGACGUACAAACAUGACAAAACUUUGGAAGAUGACAUUUCUAAUCCAUUUGCUGGUCCUGCAUAUAACAACCCUGGUGUUUGGGGUUUCCUCCCAUUCAUCGCCGUCAUCAUCGUCGUCGUCGUCGUCCUCAUUAACGUCACACUAUGGACGUGCUCAAAAAAUAAAACAUUAUGCCGGUUCCGGUACAUCGUAUCAUUUUACGAAAGCCUUGGCUUCGUCAUCAGCUGUCGGUUCUUCCUAUUCUUCUUCUUCGGCUUCCGCGUCAUCCUAUCCCACCGAUAGGGCACAUCACCAUCAACAGCAGCAGCAGCAUCACCACUACGGCUCAAGUUCCCGCCACAUAGGUGCCCGUAAACACCAACAGCAGCAACAACAACUUCCUUUAGAUAACAUGGCUGUCAGCAGCAGCAGCUACUCUUUUUUGGAUAGUCCCACCAUAUCUGAGGAAUAUGUCGAUCCGUUUCCCCAGCCCCAUUUGCCCGACAACACUGUCAUCGUCAACCAUCAACAGAUGAGCACCUGUCAAACGGUGUGCGCCUGCAAAUGGAAGGGCGGCAAACAGACCGUCGAGUGCAUCGAUCGCGAGCUGAAGCAAAUACCCAACAAUAUCGACCCGUCCACCCAAGUUCUGGAUAUGUCAGGCAACCGGCUCCAGACUAUGCUCAAUGAACAGUUUGUGCGCAUGAAUCUGUUGAAUCUGCAAAAGCUGUAUCUGCGUAACUGUCGCAUCGAACACAUUGAACCACAGACCUUUAAGGGCCUCACCAAUCUUGUCGAAUUGGAUCUGUCUCAAAAUCUCCUCUUCAGCGUUCCAUCAAUGGCACUCAGUUACAUUUCAUCGCUGAGAGACCUGACCAUAGCUUCCAAUCGGAUACAGAAGAUAGAACCGAAUGCCUUUGUGGAUACCCCGGCUCUGCAUAAAUUGGAUCUGUCCCACUGCGACAUUCAGACGAUAGCGCCCCAGGCGUUUGAGGGGCUGGAGGGCCUUACACUGCUGCGUUUGAACGGCAACAAGCUGAGCGAAUUGGUGCCAAAGACCAUAGAGACCUUGAGUCGCUUGCAUGGCAUCGAAUUACACGACAAUCCCUGGAUGUGCGAUUGUCGUUUGCGCGAUGCGAAGCUAUGGCUGAUGCAAAAGAACAUACCCUACCCGGUGGCGCCGGUUUGUGGUGGAGGACCGGAACGUGUGUUGGAUCAAUCGUUCGCCGAUCUGAGUAUUGACGACUUUGCCUGCAAACCGGAAAUUUUACCCUCAUCUCAUUAUGUUGAAGCGACCAUGGGAGAGAAUGCAUCCAUUCUAUGUCGAGCCAAGGCCAUACCUGCUCCGGUGGUCAACUGGUACUGGAAUGGACGUCUCUUAACGAAUAACACAGCCUUCAGUUCCCAUCAAAGACUCCACAUUUUGGAGCAUGGGGGAUUUGAGAAGACAUCUCGCCUGGUUAUGACCAAUGCCCAAGAAAUCGACUCGAGUGAAUUCUACUGUGUGGCCGAAAAUCGUGCCGGCUCCUCAGAGGCUAACUUCACGUUACAUGUGCGUAUGCGAGCUGCUGGAAUGGCCUCUUUGGGCAGUGGCCAGAUUGUGGGUCUCAGUGCUGCCCUGGUCAUAUUGAUAAUCUUUGUCCUCCUGUUUGUUAUGUUCCUCAUGAUGCGCCUUAAGCGGGAACCCUAUAAUGUCUCGAAAACGCCCAACAACAUGGAGGUGAUUACCAGCAUCAACCAGCAGAAUAUGAUCGGAAACAAAACUCAGGCGAACGGCCUGAAUGGUACCAUGGGUUCGGGAAAUGGCAAUAAUGGCGAUGCGAAAAUCAUAGCUGAUGAAAUGGAUCUCAGUGAAAAGGACUCAGCCUCAACUCAGAGCGCCAACCCCUUGCAAAAGCCUCCGCGACUCACGGACAUGAGUUAUGCCACGAAUGGCAGCGUCUUGUCGACUGCACCAUGUUUUAUUUCGCCCACAGCAUCCGCAGGCAAUAAUCCUGACCUCAUCAACGACACCAAACGUUUCGAGGGUGACGAGUUUACCGAUUUGAAGAUUCCACCAAUUUUGACGAAAGCCCUGAACUCGGAACUAGCCGGUCUCAGUACAAAUGGCGAGUACAAACGGGCUGGAGGCUGUGACUCCCUGUAUCCCUCUGGUCUGUGGGAAGACAUAAGCGCGGGAGCCUGCACCUCAUCUUCGGCGGAUGAUCUGUUUUUGCGACGUUAUUCUGACAAAACUCCGAUCAUGGAUAGUACCCAGCUGUAUGAUUUGCACGAAACCGGCAGCAGUGCGGAUAACUUUAGUAAAACUUUUCCGCGCACCUCGUUCAAUCACACCUUCCCCUCGAAUGAUGGCAGUUGCCAGAUGAACACUGAAUCUACGGCCUCAACAACAACGACGAAUCUUUCCAAUUCCGGUUCUGGAAUUAUGGGGGGAAUCGGUGGCUAUCCCAAUGAUUAUGGUCUGCCGGUUGUGCCUGGGGCCGAACUGCAGCUGCAGCAUCACCUGCAAAUGAAUCCACUACAGAAACAGCUCAUGGGCGGAACCUUGGGCCGGCCAGGUGCCAGUAACCCCCUGUGUCGAGCCACCCUAACCUCAAGUAGUUACACCAGCACCACAAGCACAAGUAGUCCACCAUUUACCAGCCGGACACUGCCACGUCAGAGGCCUCACAACACGAGCCUCGACAGCACAACGUCCCGAACGUCUCCCAUACACAACAACAUAACAACAAAUCACAACAACACAGCGGUCAAUGCCAAAACGAUACGUGUCUGGCAGAAGGGCGGUGUUCCUGUUCUUCCUCCGGUCACAGCAAUAAAACGGGCCCUGAUCAGCACCACAAGUCGAAAUUCGCCUGACGAAGGAUAUCAGGAGGGCUGUGGAACAGAUGUGUAAGCGCACCCAACUCUUUGCAUCUCUCAAACCAAGCUUUGUUCUUCAACUUGAAAGUAGAAUGCUGCUGUGGCAGCAUCUCAAAUGCGCCUGACUGAAUUUUAGUUGCAUCUACCCCCGGCCACCCUGUGCCACUACUUGUUUUUGGUCUAAGCAAUAAUUGUAAAAUUCUUUAGGCAUAAGUCAGAAUGUGUGGACUGAUACUGAUAUAUGUGGGACACCAAAAACAAAACAAAAAACAACAACAAAAACAAAUUAUGAGGAAACAAUAAACCCCUCCUCUCCUCCCAAAAACAAAAAAAAAAUGUGUAAAGAUAUGCAAGGUAUUGCGUAUUAACAGGAAUGUGAUAGUGUAUGCGUAAAUAGAUAAUAAUUUUGUAAAGGAAUAAUUAAAUUAAUUUUUGAAUGAAAGUUAAACAAAAAAAUAAAUAUAUAAAUAUGAAAAUAAAUUAGUUUGUGUAAAAAAAAAACAACUGUGGAAAGUGAAGAUGUUUCCAAGGCCCUCUUUGGGGGGUAAAAUAAAUUCCAUUCCAAAUACCAGCAAUUCCAGACAAUGUGAGUUCAAGUGGAUAAUUCUAAUCAUUGUUACAUAUCAAUCAACAAUUCUUCCAGCACCAAUUUUAAGUAGAUGGAACAAGGAAUAGUGGGAUACAAAUUUGGAAUAUUUUAAAGUUAUGAUUAAAAAAAUAGUAUUCACAACACCGGGCAAGUUUGGUCAAAGGACAAAUGGUCAAUCUUAUUGAAAGAUUGCAAUAUGUAUUACAAGGUUGCAGCAAAUCCAGCUGAUUUGAUUUAAAUGUAAGGCAACGUUUACAUUGAAGUCCUUAACUGCGAUAGUCUACCAAUCGCGCUAAGAAGUAUCAAUGUAGUAGAAAUCUUAACGUAGUGUGGAGUUCUAUACAAUAUCAAAAAGUUGGAAACAUAUUAGUUUUUAAAGCCAACCAAAAUUAUUAUUUUUAUUAUUAUU